CAGAAGGGACGACACUGCCUGGAUUUGAGUGUCUGUGAGCGCAGACAGCUGAGAGCAGUGACACCACACAGCGCUCCCAUCUCCGCUUCCAGGUCUGCACCGUGUGGGCAAGGACUCCAGAGAGGGGAGAAACAGCUCCUGUUGUUUAUCUCCACCAGUCACCUCAUUUGGGUGAGGCUUGAGCAGGAAUAUCUACAUGGUUACAGGGUGAAGAGCAUGGAAAGAUGGUUUGAAGACAAGGAAGUGUCUGUCAGUGCCUGAUAUUCCUAAGAACCAGCAGUGCUCAGAGGUGGAGGAGGAGGACAUAAAGCCAGUCACCUUCUGGAGCUGAGCAGCCUGUCACAGCUAAGACAGUGACUGUUUGGGACCUCUUGGGAUCAUAAUCCCGGGAAGAACAACAGCAAAUUUAAAAGAGCUCUGGAUUCCAAACCAAAAUAAUAACUACUAUCAAACCUCCAGCAGCCAGAUCUACUCGGAACUGAGACUGGGACACUGCUGGGAAACCACCUCAAGAAAACAACCUGUGCUGGCAAGGUCCUGAGGAAGCAGGUGGCAAAGAAAAGAAAGAAGGAAAGAGAUCUUUCCUUCCUUGCUUCAUAAUGAUCUCUGGUUAAGGGGUUCUUGUCCACGUGGGGAAGAGGCAGAAAAAGCCUUUGCAAAUUGCCUCCGAAAGCAAAGACACCAUUUUGGACAAGAGCGUGGGCUGACUGAUCUCCUUGAAGAAUGUCUGCCCAGGACACUGAGGACUUUGGAGCAGAAAACCUCUCAGAGAAGUCUCGGAUGAUCCCCGGCCUCCCCCCCUAUGACAUGGAUGACCAGCUCCUGCCCAGGGAGCAGCGCAACCCCUGGUGCUGCCUGGCCUGGACCCUGGUCAUAGGCACCAUGAACUCCUUGGUCUUUCUCAUUAACUUGCUGCUGAUGUUUGUGAUUUUCACCAUCGUGCUGCUCCCCACCAUUGUGGUGGUUUACUUUGGCUUCCAGUGCCACUCCCAGGUCCUGCACUCAUCUGCCCGCUACUGCAAGAGCAUCCUGGACGACAACAGCUCCUCUGCCCUCAUCAUCCUGGGCUUUGUCAUCAUGUCCCCCCUCAUCGUGGUGGCCAUGGCCAUCUACUGCAGCCUGGCCCGGCGCCUGCGGCUCUUCAUGUGCUUCCAGCCCUACAGCCUGGCCGUCUACAAGGGGGGCAGGUGGUGCCGCUACGAGGGGGGUGGUCCCUGCGGCUGUGCCAGGGGCUGGAACACUCAGGUCAAGGCCUGGGUGUGAGUUGGCAUCGCCAACGCCAUCCUCUCCCCGCCCGGUCCCCGCUCAUCGGCUCCCCGGGGCCCUGCGGAGCUGCCACGGGGCCAGAGCUGAUGCUCAGCCGGCUCAGCUGGGGCUCCCUCGGGAUUCCAGGGGUGUCUGAAGUGGUGGCACAGAUCAGGCAGGGGAAGGCAGGGCAGCUCCAUCCCAUCACAUCCCCGCGGCCUCUGCAGCAUUGUUGGUGGGGUCUGUGUGCUGCUCGUCAUCACUGCAGGCUGUGUGUUCCCGCUGGGUGCUGUUCCCCUGCCUCCCCCCUGUAACCAUUUCCAGUGUUCUGUAGAAAUAAAGGAGGUUCCAAAUGCCCCA